CAUUUACGUUUCUCUCUCUCACUCUGUUUGCUUCACUAUAAAGUUUUUCUCUCUCUAACAAUUUGCACCUUCUCUCUCACACACACAUACACUCGGAGAGAGAAAUUCUCUGUUCAUCUUCAUUUCGCUGUUUAUCCACUCCAUUGAAGGACUACCAUUUUGAGGGGAAGUUUUCUUUUUUUUUUUUGGCAGAAUUUUUCUCUCUUCGCUCAGCCAACCGAGAAAUAAAUUGUUGAAAAACAGAGACCUUUUUGGGUACAGAGUGCGAAAAGAUCAAAAGGUGAAGAUUUUUUUGGUUUAAUAACUUAUCCGGAAAGGCGGAACUUGGAUAUUCUUGAUUAAUGGCGCGGAAUCUAGAGAAAUGGAAGGCUUUUGGACCUUUUUUUACAGUUCUGUGGAGCUUUUUGUUGGCUUCAAUAUUUGUUUCUGCUGAGAGAAGCUUAAAGCAGGAAUCUUUGUCGCGUAGCGCGGCGCAUGAUUCAGAUUCGGAUUUCUUGUCAACUUUUGUGAAUUUCAUAUGGCAAGCAAAUAAAUCAGGUUAUCACCACGUUUGGCCGGAUCUGAAAUUUAACUGGCAGAUCGUUGUUGGUAGCAUAAUUGGAUUCUUUGGAGCCGCCUUUGGGAGCGUCGGUGGUGUUGGCGGUGGCGGGAUAUUCGUUCCUAUGCUUUCUCUGAUUAUUGGAUUUGAUCCAAAAUCCGCAACUGCUAUCUCAAAAUGUAUGAUCAUGGGAGCUGCUGUAUCGACUGUUUACUACAAUCUUAAGCUCAGACAUCCAACAAUUGACAUGCCCAUUAUCGACUAUGAUUUGGCUGUUCUCAUCCAACCAAUGCUCAUGCUAGGCAUUAGUAUUGGGGUUGCUUUUAAUGUCGUAUUUGCAGACUGGAUGGUUACUGUUCUUCUGAUCAUUCUCUUUUUAGUUACAUCAACUAAGGCCUUCCUUAAAGGAGUUGAAACUUGGAAGAAAGAGACUAUCAUGAAAAAGGAGGCUGCAAAGCGAUUGGAGACAAAUGGCGCCGGUAAAGAAGAAGCAGAAUACAAGCUUCUUCCUGGUGGACCCAGCAAUAAUACAGAAAAGGAGGCUAAGGACUUGGAAGAACCAGAGGUCAGUAUCAUUGAGAAUGUUUGCUGGAAGGAAUUUGCGCUUCUCGUUUUCGUUUGGAUCGCAUUUCUUGCACUGCAGAUCAUAAAGGAGUACACAACGACUUGUUCAACAUUAUACUGGGUGGUGAACUUGCUCCAGGUUCCUGUAUCAUUUGGUGUAUCUGGUUACGAAGCAGUUAGCCUGUACAAGGGUUGGCGGAAAAUUGGAUCCAAAGGAGACGAAGGUACUAAUUUUAAAGUGCACCAACUGUUGACUUAUGGAUUCUUCGGCGUCCUUGCUGGUAUGGUAGGGGGUCUUCUAGGUCUAGGAGGCGGAUUUAUCAUGGGUCCGCUAUUUCUGGAACUAGGUGUUCCUCCUCAGGUCUCAAGUGCCACAGCGACCUUUGCCAUGAUGUUCUCGUCAUCUAUGUCGGUGGUCGAAUAUUACCUUCUCAAACGUUUCCCCGUACCUUACGCUCUGUACUUUGUUGCUGUUGCAACCAUUGCCGCUUUCAUUGGGCAACAUGUCGUUAGAAAGUUGAUUAUUGUACUCGGGAGGGCAUCCAUUAUUAUCUUCAUUUUGUCGUUCACAAUCUUUGUAAGCGCCAUAUCUCUAGGUGGAGUUGGCAUUUCAAACAUGAUUGGCAAGAUUCAGCGGCAUGAAUACAUGGGCUUUGAGAACCUCUGCAAGUAUGCGGUGUAAUGUGUCGCUCAUCCGCAUUUGAGCUGGUAAAUCGAUGCUGAAUUCGGAUUUCUCACAUGGCAAGAAUUGGAUUCAAACCUUGUUCAGUUUUGCCUGUGGAUAAAGGGGACGAUAUUCUUUUCCUUGAUUCUGUUUAAUACUCAAAUUCUUGACGCUGUAUGCAGACAAUUUUCCUCCCUUGUGUAAGAAUGUUGCGGUCCUCUUGGUUGAAAUUGAUUCUUCUCUAAUCUGUGGUCCAAGACAACUGUAGGGGACUGAGUGUUGUAAUUUACUUUUUGGCGUUUAUGUUCUGUUGUACUGGAAAUUCAAGAAAGCAUUUGUCAACAUUGCUCCCAAGAGCUUGUCAUGUUUGCAAAACUCUUGCUUUGAUCUUUAGGUGAAAUCACACAAUUGUAAGAUUUCGGUUAAAUUA